AUCUGUGGUAGACCGUAAGAUACGUCGUUCGUUCGUUCGUCACGAGUGGAUCGAAAAACUUUAAGUUUUAUGUUAGACCAUUUUAGUUUAUGUAUUUUGGGAAAAAAUAGAAACAAAGAAGUAUUAGUAUCGUUUUAUUAGCAAAAUUUAUGAUUGGCGGCCGGCCCCUUCAGUUUUUCAGAACUGGGAUUCAAAAAAUCACGACUUAGAACUUAGAUGAAUGUGGAUUUAAUUGGUAGGCACAAGUUAGGUAAAGGUAGCCAUUUUGAGAAGAAAAAUAAAAUUGAUUAUGAACCAAAACCAGGCAUUUAGUUUAGACGAAUUUAGAGACGGAUUUGAAAGUUUUAUGGAUAAACAAAUGGAGAAUAAUUAGAGAGAUGAGCCAGAACAAAAUAACGAGGUAGAUUUUAAUAAAUUUAUCGACACUAAAUGGGUUGAUGCAGCAAAAUGCCCAGCUUUUAAACUUGUUAACUUUGACUAAACCUGAAUCAGUCCAAACGUUCAAUAUUACUCCAGAGUUAGUAAAAACUAUAGAAUAUUUUGAAGGUGAUAAAGAUUUAAGCAAAGCACAGUCAUGGUUAGAGAAACUGAACAGAAUGGCUAGCUUGCAUUCCUGGCCAGAUACAUUUCUUUUUCAAACAGCCCAAAAUUAUUUACGAGGAGCUGCACAAUUGUGGUUAAAUGGAAGGAAAGACAUUAGAGACUGGCAUAGUUUUCAAAAAGCCUUUCAAAAUACCUUUAUAUUUGAGGAAAAUUAUUCAGAGUUGUAAAUGAAAAUGCAGAGACGUAAACAAAUACCAAAUGAAAGCUUAGGGGGUUAUUAUUAUGAGAAAUUGUCCUUAUGUAAGAAGCUACUUUUAUCAUUUAUGCCCGAUUCUACAAUGCAAGUAUAAAAGCCAGUAUAAUUAUUCUACUGAUAACCUAUACCCCGAUUUAUUCCAAGUAUAACUGGUUGUCGGUUUUACAAUCGUUUUUUAUAAUCGGUAUAGUUAUUCCAAGUAUAUCUCCUUGGUAGUUCCAAUGAACUAGCAUUUUGACAUUUGACAUUUUGAAAGGCGGAUAUUAUCUGUGGUAUUAUACACUAUAACCUGACUUUCAGCUCUGUUUUCAGUAACGUUUUAGUGGUUUUCAUGGGUAGUUCUUUAUCUUUAGCGGUCAGAGUAGCGGUUUCAUUUCAUUUUUGUUUCUUGAGUGUGUGGUUUGCGAGCGAAAGCUAAUAUAAGUAUGGAGAAAAAACGGUGUAAUAAUUUUACAGCCGACGAGACUGAAGUUUUACUGAGCUUAGUGGAGGAAUCUCAGCUUAUUGUAGGCAAGUGCAGCAUAUUGAUUUCUUUAUAAAGGACAUCCGGUAUACCGGACAUCCUUUGGAAUUGUAUUUUCAUAUUACUUAUUUUAUAGAAUGCAAGAAGACAGAUACGAUUAACAACAGCAGAAAAGAGCUAGAAUGGAAGAAGAUUGAGACUAAAUUUAAUUCGAUGUGUGCAACAGCACGAACUUCUAAAAUGCUACGUAGCAAGUGGGAUUCUCUAAAAAAAACCACCAAAAAGGAAUAUGGAGAGUACAAACAAAGUUUAUAUAAGACAGGUGGUGGACCAGGAAGUUCUGACUUUAAAAUGUCAGGCUAUAUGAAACGUAUUUUGGCUGUAGUUCGGAUUGGGAUGUCUGGCACUUGUUCUAAGUUUGAUUGCGAUUUUGAUUUACCUAACAGUAGUAAUAAGCUACUCACUGAAGACUCUAGCAGCAUUUCCUCUCAGGUCCCUAUUGUACCUACUGAAGUAAUAAGUAAUGAAGAUAUAGCAGCAGAGGAAAUAACUAUAGAUAAAGACAGUUCUGAUGCAGCUGAAAUUAUAAGCUUGAGCAGUUGGCAGACGUGGAAUCCACAGCAGUUGAGGCAGCCGAAAAGUAUCGAGUUGACAGUUCCUGAACCAAAUAAUACUGAUUUAGAAGACACGAAUGAACAGGUGACAAAAACUAUUGGAGUAACCCCAUGCUGCUCUAAUGAUGUCAAAAAAAGGAGGAGGGUUAGUAAAGUGGAAUCCAUUGGUUCCAAAUUAAAAAAUAAAAGGGCAGUUCAUUUUGAAACACUUCAAGAGGAAUUACUGAAGAAAAAAAUUGCCCUUGUAGAGUUACAAACUCAGGUUCUGCAAGAAGAGAGGGAGCAGAAAAAAGGCCUGAUUGAGGCACAGAUCAAAAUAUUAAGGGAGGAAGCAGAACAAAAAAAAUAA